AUGGACCGCAGCAUGUUUUCUGGUCAGGCUGGUCUGAAUUACAGCUUCAACCUGAGCGAUGACCGGCAGCUGGUGGACACGCCGGCGGGCAGAGGGAACCUCUCCCCCGCGGGCUUUGUAGUGCUGUCCGUGGUGCUGGGCUUCAUCAUGACUUUUGGCUUCCUCAACAACUUCGUCGUCCUGCUUCUGUUUUGCAAAUUCAAGAAGCUGCGAACACCGGUUAACAUGCUGCUGCUGAACAUCAGUGUCAGUGACAUGUUGGUGUGCUUGUUCGGCACUACUCUCAGUUUCGCCUCUAGUAUUCGUGGGAAGUGGCUGCUGGGGCGCAGCGGCUGCAGCUGGUACGGCUUCAUCAACUCCUGCUUUGGUAUUGUGUCGCUGAUCUCUCUGGUGAUCCUCUCCUAUGACCGUUAUAGCACUCUGACUGUAUACAAUAAACGAGGGCCAAGCUACCGCAAGCCCCUGCUGGCUGUUGGGGGCUCUUGGCUAUACUCCUUGUUCUGGACAGUGCCCCCCCUACUGGGCUGGAGCAGCUAUGACAUAGAGGGGGCAGGAACAAGCUGCUCUGUAUCCUGGACGGUUCGGACAACCCAGUCUCACGCCUACAUCAUCUGUCUCUUCACUUUCUGCUUGGGUCUACCUGUCCUGGUGAUGAUCUACUGCUAUGGCAGGCUGCUCUGGGCAGUCAAACAGGUGGGCAAGAUCCGAAAGACUGCAGCCCGCAGGAGAGAGUAUCACAUACUGUUUAUGGUUCUGACCACAGCCGCCUGCUACCUGUUGUGCUGGAUGCCUUAUGGCGUCGUGGCCAUGAUGGCAACAUUCGGUCCGCCCAACAUCAUUAGUCCUGUGGCCAGCGUGGUGCCCUCGCUACUGGCCAAGAGCAGCACCGUCAUCAACCCUCUCAUCUACAUACUUAUGAAUAAACAGUUCUACAGGUAUUUCCUGAUUCUGUUCCACUGUGCUCACUGGUCAGCGGAGAACGGCAACAUCUCCAUGCCGUCCAAGACCACGGUGAUCCAGCUUAACCGCAGAGUGUACAGCAACACGGUGGCCUGCACCGCCCAGAUCUCCACCGACACCCUCAACCAGUGCUGCAGCACUCCGGCCACCAGGCAAACAACCCCCCCGAGGUCACUACCAGAGCCUGAAUGUCCUGAAUAUAACCCGACCACAAACACGGUCAUCACGCAGCAGGAAUAACUCACGCCUGAUAACUGCGCUUACAGUGUGAACUACAGUGACACGUGGACUCAUGCCUGACGCAUUUAGACAGUAAAUGUAGUAUUUAUAUGAGCUUGUGUUUGUAUAGAACAGAAUCGUUUUGUGUGUGCGCCCAGUUUGAGUUUUUGUAUUUAUUUUUUCAUGUGCAAGGUACUAGAUGACCAUAGAAAUACAAAUUCCAUACAUUAUACACAAUAUGGCCAAGUAUAUGUGUAUAUAUGUAUUCAGUAUAUGUGUCUGUUCAACAUCUCAUUCCUCGACUAUCUGCAUUUACAUGUUGAUAUAACAGCCUGCACUUUUCUGGGAAAGCUUUCCAUAAGAACCUGGCUGCAGGGAUGUGAUCUCAUUCAGCCCCUGAUGUUUGGCGAUGAGGCCUGACUCACAGUCAACGCUCCAGUUCAUCCCAAAAAUGAGUUGGACUGGUUUAGGUCAGGGCUCUGUGCAGGCCAGCUGAGCUCUUCCUUACCAAAUUACCAAAUUACCAAAGGAAAGUCUUUCUUUCUUUCUUUCUUUCUUUCUUUCUUUCUUUCUUUCUUUCUUCACAAGUUGAAACAGGAGAGGGUCUUCCUCGAAUUGCUGCUAAAUGUUAGUAGCUUACUAUUGUGCAAAAUAUUGUCUUAUGCUGAUGUUUCAGUUUAAUUGGAACUAAGGUGACAAACACAAACCGUCCAGACCAAAAGUAUAUAACUGUUAUUUACUUUUGGCCACGUAAUGUCUUUAACCCUUGGUUUUUUUUUUUUAGGUCUGGACUGUAAGUGCAUGACAUGCUUUUAUCCCAAUAGUCAUUGAUUGAUCAAUUCAAAACUGUUAGUUGAUAUACGAGGUUUAGAUUGUUGUCGUUGUUAGAUUGUUGUUGUUUUUAAUGAAACAAUCUGCAGAUCUUAUCACCUACUGAGCACAUUUUCUGUAAACAUGAGAAACAGGGUAAAAACGUAGAAGGGUCGAGCAUUUUAUGGUUUCUCAAAAUCCUCGUCUCUUAAAGAUUCCUGACCCCAGCUGCACAUACAGGUUGAAGAUUUGUAUUGAUUUCAGAAUUGUAGCAUUUAUGUGUUUUUAUUCCUUCACACUGUGACGCCUAACGUAUUUAACAUUUCUGUGAUAACUUUCACACAUAUAAUUUAUGCUAGCUCAAUUCCUUUUUGAAAUCCAUGGACUGUUUUUUUUUUUUCUUUUUACAAA